AUGUCAAACACUUUAACAAAUAACCCAUCAGCAGCAUCUUCAAUCGAGAAACCAUUCGGAUCUGUUGGAAUCAAAGCUGUAGAACAAAAUAUAAUGAUGAACCAAUUCCCAAUGGACAGAAUUUCAGGUAGUUUAUUGUCAUCCAGUGGAAAAACAAAGGGUACCAAUACAACUCUUUCCGAUAAACUCUAUGCUUGGUCAACAAUCAACACUGAACAUCAAGAACUUAGAAGAACAGCAUUGGACUUAUUUACUGAUAAAUCAGUGUUCCAACCUUCAUCAACAGAAACCAAAGAGAGACAAAGAGUUAUAGUUUUGAACCAACUCCAAUAUUUCUUAUCAAAGACCUUUGGAAAAGGAUUGAUCAAUAUUUCUGAUCUUAGAAAUGAUCCAUCCAAGAUUUGCGCCCUUAUGGAUUGCGCAUCUCAAUUCGAUGAUAACAGUUUCAUGACUAAAAUGGUUGUAAAUAACUUUUUGUUUGGAGCUGCUGUUUUCAAUUUGGGAACUGAAAAACAUCAUAGAUUGUUACCCGAUAUUCAGAGUGGAAAAUUGUUGGGAUGUUUUGCAAUGACAGAACUUGGACAUGGAUCAAAUGUUAGAUCAUUGGAAACCACUGCUACUUAUAUUCCAGAGACCAAUGAGUUUGUAAUCCAAACACCAAAGAGAACUGCAACUAAAUGGUGGAUUGGAAAUGCCGGACACGCUGUAAUGGCUUCUGUAUUCGCUAGAUUGAUUGUCAAUGGCGAAGAUCAAGAGGUUCAUUGUUUCCUUGUUCCAAUUCGUCAACCCAAUGGUGUCGACUUGAUGCCAGGUGUCAGAAUCGGUGACUGUGGUCCAAAGUUUGGAAUGAACGGUGUCGAUAAUGGAUGGAUCCAAUUCGAGAGUGUCCGUAUACCAUACGACAAUCUCUACGAUAAAUACGGUAGCAUUGUCAAUGGUGUCUAUCAAUCGCCAAUCGCUAAUCCAUCGCGUCGUUUCGCCAAUAUCCUAGCACAAAUGAUUACCGGUCGUAUUUCCAUCUCGUACGGAUGUGCCAGAACCCUAAAAGUUGCUCUAACCAUUGCCGUUCGUUACUCCAACAAAAGAGUGCAAUUCGGUGCAACUCCAACCGCACCGGAAACCCCAAUCAUUGAGUAUCCAACUCACUACACAGUAUUGAUGCCAAUGAUUGCAACAGUCUAUGCUUUCGAUGCUAUCAAGUCCUAUCUAUGCAAACGUUUCUGUGAGCGUAGCGAUGAAGGAGAAAUCCAUGUUCUUGCAUCCGGUCUCAAGGCAACUAUCUCUCACUAUGUCACAACCUCCAUUUUAGAACUCAGAAGACUAUGUGGUGGACAUGGUUAUUCAAGUUAUUCAAGAUUUAGUUCCCUCAUUGCAUCAAACGAUGUUGCUAGAACCUUUGAAGGUGAUAAUACAUUGUUAUAUCAACAAGUAGCAAAGGAUUUAUUGAUUCAAUUCAAGAAGGAGUAUUCAUCCAACAAGUUCACUGGUACAUUAAAGUAUUUGGGUAAGAAUACAAGUUUGUUGUUGAGUGAACAUACCUACACUACCUACAGAAGCGACAAAGAUCAUCUUUUGAACCUACAAUUCCUUAGAUCUUGCAUGGAGUACCGUUCAUCGAAAUUAUUAAUCGAUUCAGCCAACACUGUUUCCAAAGCAUACAAGGUAUCAAAAGAUGCAUUCGAUUCAUGGAAUCAAUCUUUGGAAACAUUGAUUCAUUUAGCAAAAUCACAUACUGAAAUGAUGAUUGUUAGCAAAUUCAUUGACUCUGUAAAGAAUGUACAGGACAAAGAAACCAGAGAGACUUUGAAGAAGCUCUGUCAACUGUAUGCUUUGAAAUGUAUCCGUGAGGAUAUGGAAUUCUUUAGAAACACCAAUUAUCUAAAGAAGAAUAAGGCCAAAGCAAUUAGCAAAUUGAUUUCAUCGUUGUGCCACGAUCUCUCCAAGCAAUCAUUGGAGUUGGUAGCUGGUUAUGGUAAUGAAGAGGCACUCAUCGAAUCUCCACUCGGUCAACUCGAUGGUGAUCUGUAUGAGAAUAUCUGUGCCAAAGUAGGUCUAUUCUCAAAGGAUAAUUAUCCACAACAUAUUUUAGAUGCUAAACUUUAG